AAACGAGAAAAUACCAAAAGACAGGGAGAGUACAGUUAUAAAGGCCGUUGGUCAGAUCCUGUCCUGUUUCGUAAUUCUAUAGCUACCAUAGAUUGUUGAUAACAUAAGUGGCAAACCAUUCAACAUCAAGCUUUGUCUGAACAAAGACUCCAUCAUUGAUCACCUUGUCAAAACUAUCUUUGGAUAUCGAGUCCUUUUGCUUUGCUGCAGAGAGGGAGAGGUUAUGGAACAGUUACCUGAAAAACUCAAGGCUUUUGUCAACAACAGAUGGCUAGUUUUUGUGUGUUCAAUGUGGGUUCAGUCAUGUGCUGGGGUUGGCUACUUGUUUGGAAGCAUUUCACCUGUGAUAAAAAGUGCCAUGGAUUACAACCAGAGGCAGAUAGCUAUCUUGGGUGUGGCUAAAGACUUGGGUGAUAGUAUUGGCUUUAUAGCUGGGAGUUUGUGUGAGAUCUUGCCUAUUUGGGUGAUUUUGCUCAUUGGGGUGGUCCAGAAUUUUGUUGGCUAUGGUCUGAUUGGGCUUGUUAUAGCUAAUAUACUGCCUGAUCUACCUCUCUGGGUGCUGUGCGUUGCUAUAUUUGUGGGAACAAAUGGUGAGACAUACUACAACACAGCCACUCUAGUUUCAUGCGUGCAGAACUUUCCUAGAAGCCGGGGUCCUGUUGUGGGUAUACUUAAAGGAUUUGCUGGAUUAAGUGGUGCAAUUCUGACCCAAGUUUAUGUAAUGAUUAAUUUCCCUAAUGAAUCAGCACUCAUCUUCAUGGUUGCAGUUGGGCCAUCAAUAGUUGUUAUAGCUUUGAUGUUCAUUGUUAGACCUGUUGGGGGACACAGACAAGUUAGGCCUUCUGAUGGUUCAAGCUUCCUUUUUACAUAUAGUGUUUGCAUUAUUUUGGCAGCUUAUUUGUUGGGAGUAUUGGUGCUAGAGGAUAUUGUUGGCAUAAAUCAAACUGUAGUCACAUUGCUUGGAGUGCUUUUAAUCAUUCUUAUAUUGUCUCCAAUUAUAAUUCCUAUUUUAUUGGUUUUUGCUUCUGAACCAAGCCCUCCGGUAGUGGAGAAUCUUCUCCCUAAGCCAGAGAAACAAGAAGCAGGUAGUUCUAAGCAGGAUGCGGAUGAGAUCAUUCUGAGUGAGGUUGAAGAUGAGAAGCCUCCAGAAGUGGACAAUCUUCCUGCAUCAGAAAGACAAAAACGAAUUGCACAGUUGCAAGCAAAACUGUUCCAAGCAGCUGCAGAAGGAGCAGUGCGGGUCAAGAGGAGAAAAGGGCCACGUAGAGGAGAGGAUUUCACCUUAGUACAAGCACUCAUAAAAGCAGAUUUUUGGCUAAUGUUCGUUUCCCUUGUACUGGCUGCUGGAUCUGGUUUGACAGUUAUCGAUAACCUGGGUCAAAUUUGUCAGUCUUUGGGAUACAGCAAUACAAGUAUAUUUGUAUCCAUGGUUAGCAUUUUUAACUUUCUUGGUCGCGUUGGUGGUGGAUACUUUUCUGAGAUUAUUAUCAGGAAAUAUGCUUUCCCCAGACCAGUGGCCAUGUCUAUUGUGCAGGUUAUAAUGGCAUUUGGACUCCUCUAUUAUGCUCUUGGAGGGCCUGGGCAAAUAUAUGUUACGACUGUGCUAACAGGACUUGGUUACGGUGCCCACUGGGCUAUUGUACCAGCUGCAGCUUCUGAGCUAUUUGGAUUGAAGUCAUUUGGUGCCUUGUAUAAUUUUCUCACACUGGCAAGUCCUGCUGGCUCUCUAAUAUUUUCUGGUGCCAUUGCUAGUGGCAUAUAUGACUAUUAUGCAGAGAAACAAGCUAGCCUUAGACAGCCAAUUUCAGGACCUACAAUCUCUAUUCCUCUUCAGGAUGAUGAUUCAUUAACCUGUGAGGGUUCCAUAUGUUACUCUCUCACUUGCGCGUUGAUGUCAGGAUUUUGUAUUGUUGCAAUGGUGUUAAGCUUGAUUGUUGUUUAUCGGACUAGAAGUGUCUAUGCCCAACUCUAUGGAAAGUCCCACACUUGAGUUGCAAGGAGCCACUACAGAUUACCAUUGCAGAGGGAAGAAAAGUGGACAAACAUUUACUUUUGGAAAGCUGCAAACAAGCAACCAGAGACAUUUAUAAGGUUUUCAAAACGAGGUCUGCAAAGUUAUUUUAAUUCUGAAUAUUUAUAUAUAUAUUUAUAUCAAAAGCAUAGUUAUUUGAGAAAGUUAUCAUCUGUUUGUUGAUUCUUAAACGAGGAUCCGGGGUUUUGGUCAAGGAUUGCAGUUUAUUUCAUUCACCUGUGGACCAUAACCGGGGUCUGCUCAGCCAAUUAAUGUCAUAUUAAAUAAAAAAUUUUAAGCCACUUUUAGUUUUAGUGUACUAGAGGUAUUAUCUGUGUGUUUGCAUCUGCUGCUCAAGCUAAAGGUGUCCUUUCCAAGCGAAUGCACAUUAGAAAAUCAAGUGAGAGUAUCGGCUAUGAAGAAAGGAAAGACCUGAAAUGAACUCUCAUGCUGCUGCCUUUUUUGACGUAAAAUGUAUAGGACUAAGAGUGAAAAUGUUCUGGCAUUGUUCUCAAGAUGUAAGCUAUGGUUGUCGCAUCUAAUUGCCAGCCAAUUCAUUGUAUCCUAAAACAGUUUGCUUUAAGGUAUCCAGGAGUUGAAGCAGAGAGGAUAACGACCCUCAAAGGAAAAGCAUCCUCGAAAAAGGUGUUCAGGGAGUAGGAGACCCUUAUUCUUGUAGCAUCUGUAGCUCUAAGGUGAAACAAGAGACUUGAUCACUAUGAGAGUCCUUGCCUAUUAUCCUCCUAUUCAACAAGACUAAAACAAAGGAUUCUCCAUAGCUACUUUAAGCUGUGUGCCCUCAGUGCUUCUUGCUUUUUCAUAUAGCUCUUAUUAAUAUAUGAGAGAAUCCUAUAGCCAGAAUAGAAUGAAUUAAGCUGCGUACUUUCAGUACUUAAAGCUAUUCUGCAAUAAAAUUCUGCUCUUUGUAAAGGGUAACCUAUGUCUUCCAUGAAGAAUGGAUUGCUUGAGAUAUAUGUGAAACCAGAAAUUCAUAAUAACCAUACUAAAUAUGUUGAAAAGGGGAGGCAUUUGGCCAAUAUUUCUCAUCAGAUUGCAUUGGAAAAGAAGACAUCAGUAAAACAAAUAUGCAAUUAAUGUUGUGAACUUAGUAAGCAUAAAAUUCCAGACCCUCGGAUUAAACUGAGAAUAGAAAGGCAGAUCAUGGUUGAACACUCCCUUUUCUUUAUGACCGAGAAGCAAAAUUUCAUGUCACCUGAGUCCUGCCUGAUGAGAAGCACUUAAAAAACCAGUUUGUUUUGCACUGAUAAUGAACUCACAAAAAAAAUCCCAUUUCAAUGACAGAAAAUGCAAAACCUAUGGUAUUAUACAGCCAUUGUCUGAUCUAAAGAUCUAACAGCUAGGCAGACAGCUUAAUUAAGCAUGCCAUAUUAGUUGCUUUUUUCAUCCAAUUAGCAGCAAAAGCAAAGGAUUGCAUAUAUGAACCCAGAACUUAGCUUAGUUGGUUCAUGUAGCUACUUUAAGAGGUGACAUCUAACAGAUUCAGAGUUCAAAUCUCAGCACCUAAAGCCCCUUCUUUUCUCAGGCUACAGACUCUUUUAUGCGAGAAAAGGCAACCUUCUAUGGAUAAGAUACAGUUGGAAGAGCAUGUGCUUAGUUCAU